AUGACCGCACUUGAAGAGCGCUUGGCUAACAUUGAGGCUCUCUUGACGGCGCUGGGGCGAACCGUUGCACCACAAACACAGCCAGAACUCGACAUUUCUCUCAGCGAUAUUGAUGUUUCUGGAUCUUCCAAUAGUUGGGACAUUUCGCCAAUUCAGACUCCUUUGGACGUAGCCCACUGCCAACAUACAGCCAUCUCAAAUGCGGGCCCUCAAUUGACCAAAGCUGCGAGCUCAGAUCAGCUCGGGCUCGCUCCUCUAUCAGACGUCCUCCCAAUUGUAGACAACUACUUCCGCAAUUAUAACCCCAUAAUCCCACUGUUCGAAGAAAAUGCAUUCAUGCGCAUGCUUCUUGACUGGUACUCUUCCUCCACCAAGCGCUCCACGGCCGCCUGGGCUGCUAUAAAUGUCGUCUUGGCUCUCAAUUAUCGCGUCCUUGAGGGAAAGACAAUGGACGACCCUGCGUUUUCCCAGAGUAUUCGCAAUGCGCGCUCUGUCAUGUCAGAGUUGAUGAUUCAAAGCCAGGAUUUAAUCGGCCUGCAAGUGCUUCUGGGCAUGGUGAUCCUGUUCCAAGGGUCGUCAGAGGUCCAACUCGCUAUUGUUCUAAUUGGGAGUGUCAUUCGGCUUGCGCAGAGUCUACGGUUGAACUCGAAGAAGGCAUUGGAAGGACUGUCGGCGUCGGAACAGGCGCAUAGAACUCGUUUGUUCUGGCUUACGUACAUCUAUGACAGGGAAAUGGCCCAAAGGUCUCAAUGUCCGUAUUAUCAGCCCGACUGUGAAACAGACAUGGAACUACCAGAAGCAGACCCUGAAGAAGAUCUUGGUAUCAUCACCUCAUCAACAGACACCAUUCGGUUCAACUACCUUCGUUCAUGCACCAAGUUUGCAUUCAUCCAAGGAAAAGCCCAUGAUCUUCUCUACAGCCAAAAGUCUCAUACCCUCACAUCAGAAAGAAAAGUUACAUCAAUUGUUCUGAUAGAAGAAUUGCUUAAAGAAUGGGUGGACGAAAUACCCCCAGGCCUUCGCUCCACAGAGGGUAUGAACAAGAGGUUAUCCCCGUUCGCGAGAGAUAUGAUGACGAACCUUUGGUCUCGCCAUAUUGAGACUCGGAUCAAAAUUCACUCCAUAUUUACCUUUGAAGAUACUUGGAUCGACAGAGUGAGGCGGUAUCUCUCACCCACGGUGAUAGAUAUCAGUGACGACGUGGAUGGGGAGGUCAAAAGAGAGGACCUUACACCUCUACCAGCAGGAUGGGAUGAAUGCGUUGGUAAUGCUCGAGUUUGUCUGGAACUAAUCAGUACGGCAAAGCUGACAGAGUAUAUCCUAUGGUAA